CGAAACUUGAGAUUAAAAAUGACGAAUCUCUCCGGUUUACAAAUCCUCCUUUUCUCCUUCAUCAUAGCCACAGGUGCAAUUUCCGUAGUCUCCGGUACAGUGUUUACCAUAGUGAACAGCUGCAGCUUCCCCGUUUGGCCUGGAAUCAUCACCGGAGACAACGGUCUACAACUCAACGGCGGCGGAUUCGACUUAACCCCAGGAGCUUCUGUCGACCUAACUGCUCCUGCCGGCUGGUCCGGCCGAAUCUGGGGCCGAACCGGCUGCAAUUUCGACGCGUUUGGCAACGGAAAAUGCCUCACCGGAGACUGUGGCAAAUUACAAUGCUCCGGUGCAGGAGGAACUUCGCCCGUUACACUCGCCGAAUUCACAAUCGGUCUUGGUGGCGCGAUAGACUUUUACGAUGUAAGCCUGGUUGAUGGUUACAACGUCCAGAUGGAAAUCAAGACGCAAGGCGGCUCAGGCGAUUGUCAAAACGUGGGAUGCGUUUCAGACGUGAACAAGAUUUGUCCGAACGAGCUAACGGUUCCUAAUCCUAACGGGGGGGAUGUUGUGGGGUGUAAGAGCGCUUGCGAGGCAUUUGGAAGACCAGACUAUUGUUGCACCGGUGCAUUCAAUAAGCCGGAGACUUGUCCACCCACCCAUUACUCGAGGAUCUUUAAAACAGCUUGCCCCAAAGCGUACAGCUACCCAUAUGACGAUGCUACAAGCACUUUUACUUGUGCCAAUGCUAAUUACUCCAUCAUUUUCUGUCCCAUUAGCACAUAGUUCCCUUAUCAUUUAUCAACGACGAUUGGUAAUUAAUAAUCAUGUUAAUCUCUGAAAGAAGUUUUGCGGAAUGAGAUAAAUUCCGCAAACAAUAAUGAAUUACUUGUGAUUUUACUCAUUCAAUAAAAGCAAAA